AUGCGGGGCCCGUUGCAAGAGCUCGCCAACGAAGUCGACCCCGAACGUAUCCGCGUGCUGACCGUACCCAAAGCCAACAAACGAUUACAAAUGGUGACGGGCGUCAACGCCACGACGACCGAGAUUCUGGUGUUUGCGGACGAUGACGCCAUCUGGAAACCGACCAUGCUGGACUAUAUUCUAGCAUGUUUUGAGGAUUUAAAGAUGGGAGGUGUUGGCACCAGCCAAAAGGUGCACGCGGUUGAUCCCAACGGUCAUCAAACCAUGUGGGAAGUGCUGGCCGGCUUCCGCUUGACCAGUCGUAACAUUGAAAUUGCAGCUUCGACGCACAUUGAUGGUGGCAUCUGUUGCUUGUCCGGUCGCACAGCUGCUUAUCGUACGCUUAUUCUCAAAGAUCCAGCCUUCCAGUAUUGCUUUACGAACGAUCUGUGGCUCGGCAAGUACCCGCUCAAUUCAGGUGACGACAAGUUCUUGACGCGGUGGAUGUACUCACACGGAUGGAACACAUAUGCUCAGAUCUGUAACGAGGCUGAGCUGGACUCGACAUUCAAGAAUAACUGGCGAUUCGUCAAACAAGUCUUGCGUUGGACCCGUAACACAUGGCGUUCUGAUUUCCGCUCAUUGUUCACCGAACGCUAUAUCUGGAGUCGUCAUCCUUAUGUUGCUUUUACCAUGGUCGACAAGAUCUUUAACCCGAUCACAUUGCUCGCCGGUCCUGUGUUAGUGACCGUCUAUGCUGUCAAGCAGACCGUCUUUAUCCCGGCUACUGAAAACCCGUUGCCUGGUUGGAACAUUGCCGUGUCCUAUGUCUGCUGGCUGCUCUUGACGCGUGCCAUCAAGCUGUUCCCGCAUUUCCUGCGUCGUCCAUUGGAUAUCUGGGUCUUGCCGUUCUGGCUGAUUUUCAACUAUUACUUUGCUAUCAUGAAGGUCUACGCCCUGUUUACAUUACACGAGGUUGGCUGGGGAACUCGCGCAGGUGUUGGCACAACUUUGGCAGCAGAUAUCAAGGAGGAUGACGACGAGAAUGGUCAUGGCGACAACCCUCAACUUAAAAUCGAAAUGUCGCAACUAGGCAACGGUAACAACAACAACAAUAAUAAUAAUAACUACCAGCAACAGCAGCACGGUUAUCGCGAUGAAGCAGUAGCUGGUGGCGGGUACCAACAGAACCAACAGGGAUACUAUUAUCACGAAUCAUCCUCAACCGAAAAUACAAGCUCUCGACUGGUUGAAUCACAAAACAAGCAAUGGUAA